UUGCGUGUUGUGUUACGAGUUACGAAUUGUUUGUCAAAUCAAACAUAUUUACUUAUAUGUUAAAAGGAUGAAAUAAUAUUUAUGACAGACGGAUUGUUAAUAUUUAGUAAAAAUGUAUUAUUUUAGACAUAAAAAAUUGGCUAUGACCUUCAAUAUAGUAAGAAAUAUAGCCACCCUUAGAAGAUUUUAUCGAAAAACAAAUAUAUUAUUGUGUGAUGGAAAAUUUGAAAUUACACUUGAUCAAAGGAAGCUCAAAACACCGCAAGGAAAGAUAUUACAAGUGGAAAGCAAACCUUUAGCUUUAGCUAUAGCAACAGAAUGGGAUAUGCAGAAAAACAUUAUUGAUAGAAGUAGUAUGCAUCUAACAGCUCUGUGUAAUACUGUAAUAGAUAAUCCUAAUAAUCAUACAAAGCAAGAUAUGGCAAAUUACAUUGUGAAUUGUUUGGAAAUGGAUACAGUGCUAUUUCACUCAUAUGAAAAUGAAGAAUUAUACAAAAUACAAACUGAAAAUUGGGACCCACUAGUACAAUGGUUUUGUGACAAAUAUGGGGUGAAUUUGGUUAAAACUCAAAGUAUAGAAGCUCCUACUGUAUCUUCAGAAACUAAAACAGUAUUGACAAGACACUUAAUGUCCUACAAUUAUAGUGCAGUUUAUGGUUUUAUGUAUGGAGUGGAUGCAAUCAAAUCUGUAAUUCUUACCCUAGCUGCAGCAGAAAGAGUAAUUAGUAUAGAGGAAGCAGUAAGGCAAUCACGCUUGGAGGAAAAUUAUCAAAUUUCUCAUUGGGGUUCUGUAGAAUGGUUCCAUGAUCAAAAUAAAUAUGACUUACAAGCUCGUUUAGCUGCAGCUAUCUUAUUUGUGCAUUUGAACUCUUAUUCUGUGUCAUGUCAACCAAAAAUAGAUAAUAAGAAUGUUGAUUAAUUUAUAAAAAUUAAUUAAAUAAAUUUUGUACAAAACUUGUA